GUAGAUUUUGUGUUAGAAAGGUGGCUAUAUGGGUUAAUAAACAGCAUUUGUCAUGUUUAUGGUGUUUUAGAAAUUAAAAAGGGUUAAGAUGCCGAUACAAGUGAAGGACUACGUUUGGGAGGAAACGAACGAAUCAGUUUUAAUUACUGUACCGUUAAAGGGAGUGCCGCCAAAUCGAGUAGAUAUAUUUUCCAUUGAUGAGUACAUCAAGGUGAGCUACCCACCAUACAUUUUUGAAGUGUGCCUGUUUGAUGAAGUUGAAGAUACCAAGAGCAGGGCAACGUUUGGUAAUGGCGUUCUCAAAUUUCAACUGGUAAAGAAAAGCUCAUUACAAUGGAACCAGUUACUGGCCUCAGAAUCAGAAGACAAAGAAUUCAUGAAGACUAAACGGGAAAAAGCUGUUGCUAAAGCACACAAGAGAGCUGAAGAGGAAAAGGAACGAAAAGCAGCUGAGAAAAGAGAGCAAGAGAAAUUAGCACUGAGAGAGCAAAUGAAGUUAGAACAGGAAGAAAGAGCCAGGAUAGAUGCUAUAAAAGAUGAGGAACGCAAGAAAGCCACAGAAGCAAUUGAAAGGUGGAAAGAAAAUCAAAAAGUACAAUCUAGCAGAGAACCAGAAAUUUUAAAAGAGGAAAUAACUGAGCAAUGGAAAGACAACAUGUCAGGAACAAAAGUUGAUUCAAGCAGUGAAGAAACUCAAGAAGCUCAAAAGACAAGUGAAAAACCAGCUGUAAAGAAACUACAAUCUCACAAUAAACAACAACAAUCACUUGGUAAAAAGACGGACUUGCUUGAGAAGCCAGUACCUGAGCCCAGGUUGUCAGGUUCCAUCUCAGUGUCAUUCACUCCAAGAGUUUUCAAAACAGCUGCCAGAGAAUCAAAAGCUCCAGAGGAGGAAGAGUGGCUUAGAAAGAUGGCCAGUGCUGGUCGCAAAACAGAUAAUGCCAACACUGAUGCUGUUGAUAUGGAAGAAAUGAACCCAGUAUGGCUGAAAGACAAAGGAAUUGGAUUCUUCAAGGCUGGCAACUAUGUAGCAGCUAUUAACGCAUUUACUGCAGCCAUUGUUCUGGAUGAUUCCAUUCCAUCAUUAUAUUCCAACAGGGCAGCGUGCCAUCUUCAAUUAAAACAAUACAAAGAAUGCAUUCAAGACUGCACAAGUUCAUUGGAGCUCCUUGUUCCACCAGUUCAGGCAAACUGUUCAUCGAGAUGUAAGGCGUAUGUUAGAAGAGGAACAGCGUACAUGCAAAUACAUGAAUAUGUGUUAGCUCUUCAGGACUACGAGUCAGCUCUAAAACUGGACCCUCAUAACACGGACCUUCAGAGAGACUCGGAAAGAAUAAGGAAAAUAAUUCAAGGCUCCACAUAGUAGCUUGUGUAGAUGGCGAUUUUUGUUAAAUCAGCACUCUACUCCCGUCAGCUUCAUAUGUGUGUUACUGUGAUGCGACAGCUGAUGUAACUUCCGCCUCCUGGAAUCAUCACAGCAACUUACGCAGCUGAGAGCGAUCAACAGAAUGUCUGUAUAUAACAUGAAAAUUGUGCUAUUCACACAUCGGGAAAUCAACUGCUAAAGGACUAAGUGCACAAGUGACUGCUUUUCGCGCUUUUAACACUGAAAAGAUGGCGGCACAUUUUUCAAACUAACUCUAGUGUCUGAAGGAACAUAGCUGGGGCAUGGGAAUCAAAAAGACGAGAUGACAUUAAUUUGUAAAUUGUCAUCGUUGUUAUAUGCAGGUAUAUUUAUAAGUUGAAUUGAUAUAUAAGUGAACCGGGACCGAAUACUAUUUAUCAACAGAAAAACUUGUUGACUAUUGUUACUGUUCUUUUUUCACUAAUAGUUAGA